AUGUCUACAGUACACGACAUUAUUAGUGCAAAGCAUCGUCGAAUGGAAUUUUUAUGGAACUCAAAACAAUUGAAGGAGAUGGUAAUGAGUAUUUACACACCUGAUGCUCAACUGUUUUAUUUUGGUGACUUACACAUUAAAGGUCACGACGAAAUACUACAUGAUUUUGAAACAAAUUAUGAACCAAAUUUACAAUUGACUUUGAUUGAAAUACUAAACGUUUCGGAUGAUUACAUAAUGGUUCUAUCUGCAUAUAAAACAAGUGCAGAAGGCCAUUAUCAAUCAAUAUGGAAAAAGACAGGCGAAGAUUGGAAGAUGGUUCGUGAAUUUUGCAAUGAUAUUCUAAAUUGA